GCAUCACUUCCGGUUAAAUUCAACAUGGAUGGUUGGUGCAGUUUGGUCAUUUUCAGCUAUGUACUCUGUUUUGUACAUUCCACAGAUGUCGUGGAAACCAACAGCAGCUCCAAUUUCAAAAUAGAAGGAAGAGUAGAAAUUUUGUCAUCACACGAUAAAAGUUGGAUGUCUAACACCCGAAUCCUGGUCGAUGGGGACGAUUACGUUGCAUAUCUGAGAAGUGAUGGCUCUUUUGUUGUCAAUGGUUUGCCCUCCGGUUCCUUCAUUGUGGAAAUAGCCAACCCCACAUACCUGUUUGAAGCUGCCCGGGUAGACAUCACAUCCAAGGGAAAGAUCCGGGCUCGGAAAGUUAACCACCUACAGCCCAACAAUGUGAGGGCCAUGCCCUACCCCCUGGAGUUCCGAGAGAGGGGCAAGGCCAACUACUUCCAGGCCAGAGAACAGUGGAGAGUGCAGGACUUCCUAUUCCAUCCAAUGGUUCUGACAAUGGUGCUGCCCCUUGCUCUCAUCAUGGUGUUGCCCAAGAUGCUGAAUGCUGCUGACCCAGAGACACAGAAGGAGAUGCAGACCCAGAUGAGUGCCCUCAACUCCAAGCCGAACAUGCCCGACAUGUCCGAGAUGUUCACAAACUUCUUUGGCGGCGGUGAUGCAAAAAAGUCCAUCAAAUCCAAACAAAGUUCAAAGAGAAAAUCUUGAGUUCAAGCCUCUGUUAGGCAUCUUGUAUCACUCAUUUAGGCAGAGACAGAAUUCUAUGUGUUUUUUUUCAAAAGAUUUUUAUGUCACUUAUUUAUUGCAAAAAAGGGAAGUGUAUCCCUUGCAACAUCAUUUUAGGAUUUUGAAUAAAGCUGUGCAAUUGUUGAUUGUUUAUCCAAAUUCAUAAUGUUCAUGUUUCAGAUAUGUAUCAUUUGAUUUAUGGUGAUGAUAUUUGUCCUGUUAUAUAUAAUAUGGUAAUAUGGGUCCCUGGACAGAUGGUACUAUGAGAGAUGAUUAUCUGUUUUAUCCGCUUAUCCUUCUGUACCAUUAGUUAAGUGUACAAUAACUAGUUAGCAAGAUUGAUCCUUAAUGUGGUCAUUAAAGUCAAACAGUAAUGAUGCUAAAAUGACCUUAUAAGGCUAAAGAAAAUAAAAGAGUUGUUUUUUGGUUGUUCAAACUAGUAUGUAACCAUGUAAACAGCUGUGUACAAUCAACCUGGGAAAGGGCCUCCCUACAUAAAUGUAUUCCUUGAUGAGUAAAAUACUGAAAUACAGUAUUUGACUACAGUGGGACUUGGAAUAUUUAAGGAUUUUUUUUUAAGAUGCAAAUAUAAACAAAACGUCCGGCAAACUUUAUGAUGAUGCAGGUGGUGCCUGAGAACCAAGACUAUUAAGACAAAGUUUAAGAAUUUUGUUCCACAUUUAUGUGUGUUCGAAAUGAAGAUUUACACUUACAAUUGAACUGUGGACAAUUUGAUUUAUGUUUAGGUGAACGUUGAAAGCUAGUUUUGUUUGAUUUCCAUCCCUGUCAUAGCCAAGCUGGGAAGGCAUGUUCAAUGAGCUUCAUCCAUCUUUUUGUCAUGUUUCGUUUGGGAAUCAUAACUAAGAAAUAAAUCCAACACUUCAUGAAACUUAACAGACGUCAUCCUGGAGCUAACUUGGUUUUAAACUUCUCAAAUUUCAUUAUUAUUUCAACAAAGCAGGGUAAGACUUAUCCUUUAUUGGAUCUCUUAAAACCAUGGAAAAACUCUUCUGUAAAACUAUAUUCACUAGCAGAUCUUGUGGUACAAUUUUGCUUUUAGAAUUUGGUAAUCUUUUAAAAAUAAGUUCAUAUACAGCUAUCAGGUAUUAAUAAAAGCCAGAUUGUUUUGUUUACAGAACGUUUCAAUUUCAGUAAGUUUGGACAAAAUUUUAAUAAGUACUAAAAUUUGAAAAGAUAGAAAUAUUUUCCAAAACCAUGACUCCGCUCAAAAACAGUUGCGAUGCAUUCAAUUAUGUUAGAGUUUCUUGUGCAUUUCUCAUACCGAUAACCAGCAUGAACCAAUACAUACAAUGGCUAUUCCUAAUAAGAAAGAUUUGUGUGCAUUUCGGUCAGUUGUAUGUGUGUGUAAUUCUGUCUGAUCUUGUUUUUUUGGAGCAGAGUUAAAAAAAAUAAUUCUACAGUGAUCAUCUGCAUAAAGAUGUUUUGUAUCACAAGGAUUCUUCCCAUCUGGGAAUGAGGAAUGUUUUGUUACAGGAGUGUACAUUUAUUGUACAGUAUUUGACAUAAUAAGCGCCAUGGGCACUCUCAAAAUUAGAAAUGGGUAGCUCUUAUUGGAAUAUAAUUUUGGUGAGAAAAAAAAGAUUGUUGAAGUUGAAAGAUUGUAAAUUUCGUGGUUUAUGAUGACAGCCUGAAAUGAUACAAAAGAAAAUUCUGUGCGUAUUAUACACGACAGAUAUAUUUUCCAGAAUAUAAUUGCCCAUGAUUAAGGGUGCAUAUAACACAGGAGUGUGUAUUAUACAUGAAUAAAUACAUCUUGAGUACAUUGAUCAAUCGGAAGGGGUGCUAAUUGGGAUUGUUCACUAGCCAAUAUAUCAGCAAAUAUCGCCAUGGGCGCUUAUUACGUCGAAUACGGUAUUUCUAUUUAUGAGUGGAUGGCGAAUGUUGAAGUAGUCGGUGUUGUAUCCAGCACUUUCAUUGUACAUUCUGAUCAUUCUCUGUACUUGUCAUCGUCACUACUUCAUAGGUUUGUGCACUACGUUCAUCCAGCCAUGGAUACCCCCUGAAGUGUUGAAGUGCCGUUUAUAAGUCCAGCAAUGAAUAAAGCUAUGUAGAACUCCUGAAGUCACAGCACAAUUUUGUGUGAACCCCACUGUUGCCAGAUAUGGAAGCAAUGUGCCGGGGAGAUGGCUGCAAGACUCUUGCACACACAUGCUUGAUAUACUGUUUGUGUGAUGUAAACUGUGCUGUCUAGAGUCAGGCAUUGGCUGGUUUCCCUCCUACUGGAACCAUGGUUUGUUUUGUUGGUUGCGAAUACAACGUCACUGUGAAGUGGUUGUAUUCACAGAGGAUGGAGGAACGUGUCUACAAACCCUUGAAGUCUUGACGAUCCUUAUUGGUAAAAUCUGUGUGGUCUCACAUUGAGACUGAAUCUCUGGCAGUGGUUUAGGAAACAUGAUAUAGCAAGGGACUAUUAAGUGCAGAAUAAAUAUUUCUUCUUUCUUCUUCAGAUUGAAUACUGCCAUGUGUCAAUACAUUAACAAUGAUCUCACCAUGGAAUUUCUUUUGGUAGAUUGGUUAUGUUCGUCCUUGGUGAGAGCUUCUUCAAAGACACAGCUAGUUCCUCAUAUUUGCAAUUUUUUUAAAUGGAAGUAUUUGAUAAUGUACAAGUUGUACUAGCAUAGACAAGACAAAAUAUUUUGCUCCUGUAAAGUUCAAGAUAGUAAUCCAGAGUUAUCCCCCUUGACUUGUGGAUAUUUUAUUUCUGCUCAAGAGUGUAAGUUUUUGAUUUGAUGACAGGUUGCAUUACUUUUUAUUUCUGUCAUCCUUUUCAUAUUGGUUUCAGAAUUGAAUAAUUACAGUGAUGUUAGACAAUGACUAUGAACACACUUUUCCCUAAGGGCAUUGUGAUGCUGGGAUUCAGCAAAGGUGCUUUGAAUGUACACAUACAUGGCACCUUGAUUAACAGCAUACCGGGGUAAUACUUUGCCAUGAAGACUUCACAAACUGUGUUUUAAUAUACUAGAAUAUGUAUCCUAGAUACAGGAUUUAUAUAAUGAAUUAUGUAUAGUGUUGGUUGUUAAAAUUCAUAUUAAUCACACUUUCAUGUAUUGUUCAUAAUUCAUUUUGUAGCUCAAAUCGUCGCUGUUUGUAUAUUUUGUAAUUCUUUUAACAGGUGCACUCAAUAUUAAUCUCUAGAUUUCUUUCUCUAAUUUUACCAUGAUGACCAUACACAAUUCCCGAUUUGGGGAGUGGAGUGGGUGGGGAUUCGCAGGUCUGUUUUGAAACACACUAAACAAUCAUAAAUUUGUAAGUCUGGAAGGUGAUCAGGUAUACUAAAGUAAGAGUAUUACAACACCGUAACAAACUCGUUUAUAAAACAAAAAUUGCCCAAUCACAGGCCACCCCUCCUUUUUAAAAAAAAGCUGUACCCUUGAUGAAAUCUCAUGUAUAGAUUAUGCAUUUCCCUGUAAUAUUUCAAUGAAACUAUUGUGUUGUCAUUAUUUGCAUGGAGUGUGUUGUGUGUAUUGAUGGAUGUGUGAGGAUAGUGUUUUACUUGUAUUUCUCUGUACAAUACUGUAAUGUUUCUAAAUCAUGGCAAUAUUGUAAAUAAACCAUUUCUCUUA